UUCAGGGGGCAAAGUAACCCUUUACCGAGGAUCAAACGGCGUACAUAAUAGACGCGGAUGAGGAUCUCAUUCUAAAGGCUGCACUUCCUGCUGAGGCUAAUAAAGCAAAUCCCUGUUGUGAUUUAUUUUGCAACUCCCAAUAAAACCCCAAAAAUCUUAACCCUAACACUGUUUCUUUCUUUCUUUCAAUGGCCAUGGCCACAACAACCACCACACCUGAACCCACCAAAACCGGCUCACCAGACACCCCAGAACCCGACUCACAAGCCAUUACAACCAUAACAACAGCAGCAACAGCAACAUCAGGAGUUGAAAACCCUGAGCCCAGUGCCAGUACGAGUGCUAAUUGGCCAGGAUGGCCGGGAGACUGCGUGUUCAGAUUGAUAGUUCCGGUGCUGAAAGUGGGCAGCAUUAUUGGGCGAAAGGGUGAUCUCAUCAAGAAAAUGUGCGACGAAACUCGUGCACGUAUUCGUGUUCUUGAUGCCCCCAUUGGCACCCCAGACCGCGUCGUGUUGAUAUCAGGAAAGGAAGACGUAGAGGCACCUCUAUCACCUGCAAUGGAUGCUGUAAUAAGAGUAUUUAAACGUGUUUCUGGAUUACCUGAGGGUAAUGCUCAAGAACUUGGAGCUGCUGGAAUUGCAUUUUCUUCGAUUCGGUUAUUGGUGGCUUCUACACAAGCUAUCAAUUUGAUUGGGAAGCAGGGCUCUAUAAUCAAGUCAAUACAAGAGAGUACUGGUGCAUCAGUUCGGGUAUUGUCGGAAAAUGAAGUGCCAUUUUAUGUGGCUACAGAUGAGAGGAUUGUAGACUUGCAAGGAGAAGCCAUGAAGGUUCUUGAGGCUUUGGAAGCAAUAGUGGGUCACUUGAGGAAGUUUCUGGUUGAUCAUAGUGUUCUUCCUCUAUUUGAAAAGAAUUAUAAUGCAUUGAUCUCACUAGACCGUCAAGCAGAGACAUGGAGCGACAGGUCAUCAUUUCAUACUACAUCUCAAGGUAGGAUUGAUAUUGAUUAUCCUCUCUCAGGAAAGAGGGAUGCUUUGUUACUUGAGCGAGAAACUCCAUUUGAAUCACAAGUCCCACUCAGUAGAAUUUCACUCUAUGGACAAGAUCCUGCAAUUUCUUCAGUUCGUUCCUCUGUGUUCAAUCGGUCUAGUGUUCCCAUAGUCACUCAGGUCACGCAAACUAUGCAAGUGCCAAUUUCUUAUGCUGAGGAAAUUAUUGGGAUUAGAGGAAAUAAUAUUGAAUAUAUCCGUCGCACUAGUGGAGCUAUAAUAACUGUGAAUGAAAGUAGGGGAUUGCCUGAUGAAAUAAUUGUGGAGAUCAAAGGCACUGCAUCAGAGGUUCAGAUGGCUCAACAACUGAUUCAGGAAUUCUUAAGCAAUCACAACAAAGAACCAGUCACAAGCAGCUAUAGCAAGUAUGAUACUGGACUGAAAUCUGUGUACUCUCAGUUAGAUAAUUCGCCAUAUACUUCGUCUUCAUUGUCUGCAAAAUCAUAUGGUGAAUAUGGAUCUUCUAGUCUAGGAGGCUAUAGUAGUUUUAGACUUUGAGUGCGUAGCAUGGAACGUGGCAGCAUUUGUUGGAACUAUUUCUGCUUAUCUGAUCCUCUAAUAGGAGUUUAGAAAGUAUAUAAUCGGAUUUGGAUUUAAUUGUCUGUAUCCAUAACAGAUUUGGAUAGAAUUUGAGCUUUAUCUGUUUAAUAUUACUAUUUUAUUUAUUAUUUUUAAUUUUUUAUUUGAUUA